AACCAAUUAAUUAAUUACUUUGAGUGGAAGAUUAUCAACUAAGCAUGCUAAACAAUGACCGAAAUAAAUGUCUUAAAUCACGAUCAAAAUUCAGAAAUUUCUGAGACAUUGUCAAACGAAGGAGAUAUUUUCAAUAUAUCUACACGACUUCAAAAAUUAAUGCUGCAAAUUAAAGGCGAUUUUAUGACUGGUGAAGGGAAGUCCGUAGACUACCAUGGCAUACGAUCUAGCCAGGUUUUUAUUCGUUAUAUUGCAGAAUGCUCCCGUUUGGUCACCGUCGACCUUGCCUCUCUCUCACAAUCGGAAAGAAUUGCAUUUUUUAUUAAUAUCUAUAAUUCGUUGACAAUCCAUGGGAUAUGUGAGCAAGGAUUACCUUCUUCUGUACUUGGUGUUAAAGACUUCUGGAAAACUAUAGCAUACAACAUUGGAGGACAUGUAUUUUCUCUUGAUGAUAUUGAACAUGGUAUUCUACGAGGCAACAGACCACAUCCAUCAAGUCCCAAUCCAUUGUUUGAUGAAAGUGAUCCUCGUCUUCAAUACAUUGUAGUCGAUUUUGAUCCUCGGAUACAUUUUGCCUUAGUCUGUGGUGCUAAGUCAUGUCCUGCAAUCAAUGUCUAUUCAACUAAAAACCUCGAGCGUGGUCUUCAAGCUGCCACUGAUAACUUUUGCUCUCAAGAAAUCCACGUUGACAUUCAUUCAAAAAAGGUGACGUUAUCCAAAAUUUUUCAGUGGUACAAGAGAGACUUUGCGGAAAAGGACAUCGAUCUGCUAAUAUGGAUUCAAAGAAAUAGCAGUGGCAAAGUAUCAGCAGAUUUAAAGCAACUAGUAACGGAAAACCAUGAUGACGUAACACUAGUUUACAGUAACUACAAUUGGGAGCUAAAUACUGUCAAACUGACAAAUAUGUAAUACAUAUACGAUUCAUAUCUCUGGAAUUUGGAUGAACUUGUUGUAUGAGAAUUUUAAAAUGAAAUCACAUUUAAUUUUAACUAGAGUAACUCGUGGGAAUUUAAUCGCUAUGUGAUAUGACAAUCAUUAAAAAUGAUUAUGAAUUUCUUUCA